AUCGGAUCGAAGAUUAUGAUCCGCACGCAAAAUGGUUCGGGUCGGGAUCAGGUCACAUCUGGUUAGGAUUAUAUAGAAUGAUUUGGGGAAGCAGUAAUAGUGUCUUCCCAUAGUUCCCAACAGAUCCAAGAAGCUUACCGAGUGUUGUCGGAUGGGACGAGGAGGAGAUUGUACGACUCUAUUCUUUAUGAUCCACCUGAGGAACACGAGAAAGAAGUUGCAGAUGUCGCUUAUGGCCGGCACAAGGAAAGAGGAGAAGCAAUAUAGCCUGGACUUGGAGGAGCUACAGCAGACGCUGCUCGAAAUGGUACAGGAUUCUGGUUCACCAUCUCAGCCUUGCCCCUUUGCCGAUGGAGGAUGUUUGUCAACUUGGAAGUGGCUUCUGGAUGGCAUGGAGUCGAAGACACCGGCACGGAGUUGUUUGGAAUUGUGAGGUUGGUGGCGGGUCUACAUUCAGCUUCGUUGCUGUCUCUGAAUACCAUGAACUUGCCUUUCAAAACGAGUCAGCAGCUACAAGCCCAGUGCUUUACCUUCUCCGCAAUCCACUUUGGACCAACCCAAUUAAGCCCUCGACGUGAACGGAAAGGAGAAGCAAAGCCAAGUCCACAGAGCUGUCUCCUACUCGGAGAGUGUGUGUGUCUGUGUGUGAGAGAGAGAGAGAGAGAAAGAGAGAGAGGAGGAGGACGUCGGAAAAGAUGCGACGAUGCUGCCGAAAGCCUUCGCCACUGCUGGUGAAGUCGACGCUUAUCAUGAUCGCGGCUGCCUCGAUAGUGGUCGGCUGCUCUGCAGCAGUAACCCCGUCGGUGCCCGACGCUCAGAUCAAAUGCGACUGCAAUCCCUGCGGCUGCACGCAGAAACCGCCGCCUCCGCCUCCGAAGUGGCCCGUACCGUAUUGUCCUCCGCCGCCACCGGCGCCGUAUCUUUACAUAGUCGGCACGCCAGGUAAUCUCUACCCGUUUGACCCCAAUUACUACCCCUCGAGCGCUCGCCGGAGCUACGCUGGGCCGAUGCCGGUCUUCCUGGUCUCCGGGCUGCUUGCCCUGUGGAAGAUUUGGUGGCUAUGACUUGUGCUGUAACAAUCAUUUAGAUUUCUGCUUCGUCUUCUUUCCAUGUUCUCAAAUCUUCUCUUUGUUGCAAGAAAAUGAAGAAUAAGUUCUGAUUUCUAAAUGAUUAGCUUUGGCAGAUCCUUUUUUUUUCCCCGCUUUAUACGUAAAUCUCUAAAUUUGUUAAGAAUAUAAAUGAAUUCAUAUCUACACAAAAGAAUAUAUCUUUCUUAUCUACUAAAGUUCUUUAAUGAAAUGACAGUGAUAAAAAAUAAUAGAUUUACACUAUAAAUCAUGCAUUGAAUGAUCAGAUCCUACCACAAAAGAAAUGGAGUAUGAUUGCUGGGGGAUACAUGAAAAAUCUCUAAUAUACAUGUCAUAAUCAUUUGUAUUAGAGAAUAUUUUUCCUGUGAGGAGGAGGAUGAUAUUAUAUAUUGCAAGUGGACAUUGAGCCAAUUAAUCUUAUUCCAUAGCUCAUAUGCCUAUUGGAAUUGCUUAUUGCUUAGCUUUUGGUAGAUGGAUCAGUAAUGUCACUUUCCUGUGUCCAUGAUUGAGGCUUGACUUAUGACCAUAUUACUUUAGCAUCAAUAAGGUUAAGGUUUAAAUUAUCAUAUUUUAUGUAAUGUGACUACUUUUGGGUUUUUAGAAUUUGCAUGUCUAACCUCAAUAACAUCUAUUGGUUAGCUGCAUAUUUAGAAACUAAUUAGGCUUAAGAAUGAAUUUAUGUUACAAAUUGCAAAGAAUCUUAUCAUAAUUAAAACUCUCAAAUUAGAAUUUAUGUUAAAUUAUAAAUUUAAAUUUAAUAUUCCAAUGCUAUCCACCAUUUGUAUCUCACUCCAUAUAGAAACCUGCGAAACCUCCCUUUGCGUGCACUCGAAGCCCCACCGAUGGACGCUACUCUCCGCACAAAUCAACCUCAUUAACCCUGAAUCACAUCCACCAUGCAAAGCCGUCACCCUCAACCAUCGUAGAACACGACUCUCCUUCUUCUUCUUCCUUCGAUCCUUCCUAGCAUGCACUCAUGCUCUCAAAGCAUUCCUACGUCGUCAUCUCCACGCUUCUCCUCCUCCUCCUCCUCGACCGUCCUCCGUCGAGUCUCUCCGACUGUCCGUACCCAAGCCUGCCGCCACCGGACACGUCAUAUUACGGGGAGUCGCAUCCUCCACCGCUGGGUUACAUUCCCUACUUCCCUCCACCAGACAACACUCUGCUAGCUCCGCCGCCGCCCAACCCCGUCCUGCCAUGGUUCCCCUUCUACUACAGAACCCCGCCGCCGCCUCUACUUGCAUCCCUGCAACAUUGCUGCCUUUGCUCUCAGCGUCGUUGGCAGUCCUUCUCUAGCGAUCAUAAGCUUGGUUUCUCAAUAGAGAUCGAAGUUGUUGGUUUGUGUAUGUAAUUGUUUUGGCAUGCGGUCUGAUAAUAACAACGUAAGCUAAUGAAGCUUACUUCAUAUUUGCUGGAUAUGACAUGCAUUUCCUCUUUCCUUUAUUCUUUUUUGCUGCUUUAUGUUCUAAAAUUGUUCUUCUGCAGUUCUGCUACUGUAAUUGCUAAGUCAUCAUCAGGACAGAGACAGGUCAACAGAGUUUGGUCAAGAUAACACAAUCUCGCCACAUUCCACCAAACUCAUUGUCCGCACUGUGACAUAGAACAAGAAAGGGAACUUUUUCAGAGAGAGAGAGAGAGAGAGAGAGAGAGAUUUUAACGCUUCACAAUUGACAUCUCAUUCAAUCAGUCCGUUGCCGAGAAAAUUUCAAAAAGAAAGAUAUAUAUAUAUAUAUAUAUAUAUAUAUAUAUAUAUAUAUAUAUAUAUAUAUAUAUAUAUAUAUAUGACGCGCGUGUGCUGUUAUAAUCCGAAGGUGGCGUGCUUGGCGAGGACGGUGGGCCCCAGUUAGUUAAAAAUUUGACGAGGAAGCAAACAUAAUGGCUACGCUUCUUCGUUCGUAAUGGAACGCAGUUUGGUAGCUCAAAGCUGGGACUCUUCCACACAAAGCAAACGUAAUCGUGACGUCCGUUAUUUCUCCGUCCAAAUCGUCAUGGAAGGUGGCCUAACGUCCGUUAUUGUCACCACACAGUGCACGGACAGGAAUGCCGUUACUCCACGUCAGCUCACGGUGGUUUCACUUUGUGGCGUCUUGAAACGGCGGUAGGAGUCCGUCAAGCUUACCGUUUCGGGGUCUCCCUGGCACCGACCACUGCGCUCCACACUCCUGCCCUCCCCACCUAUAUAUACACCACUCCCUCCUCCCUCAGUUCUUUGAUCACCCCCCGUCCCCUGACUUCUCGUUUGGCGAAGUGGUCGGAUCUGAUCCGUUGGUGCUUCUUUCUUGGUUUGUCUCCUUUGAAGAGACGGCAUCAGACAGAGAUUGAUGCAGCGGGCACUGGUUUCAUCCGGCGGUGGCGACUGCCUCGGCGUUUCGAUGGCAUCCGCGCCUUCCCCGUACAUCUGUAACGGUGACGAUUUCCUCAGCCCGUACACGAUUUUCUCAACGAUCGACACUGCCCCUCUCCCCGCUUCCGGCACCUUCGCGAUCUCCCCCUCCUCGGUCUCCUUCGAAGAGGCGGAGGCCUCAUCCACAGCCACCGAGGACCGCCUCUGCCUAGCCCGCCUCGCUCUCCGGUACCGGGAGAUCACCGAGCGCUACGGCAUCUGCCUAUCCCACCUCUGCGACACCGCCGAGGAGGUGGAGUCCCUUCGCCGCGAGAACGCCAGCCUCCGAACCGCCAACGGCGAGCUCGCCAGGCGGCUCGAACUCCUCGCCGGUAAGCACACUGGCCGUUUCCCGUCAUCCGCGGGUGUGGUGCUCAUGGAUGAGCUCCCCCCCCUCAGCAUCGCCGAAACGCCGAAGCCCGGAGACAGCCCCACGAGCGUGCUCACCUUUCAGGAGAGAAUCUGCGGUGGCCACAGGUCGGCAACUGGGCCGGUGGCGGAGAAGCAUGUCUCACCACCGAAGAUCACCUCGGUCAGAUCCAGCGGAUACCUAAAGCUGAACUCGGCCGGUGGACCGGGUUCGGAUACGAACCGCAACGACCGGUUUCGCGUCCCAAGCCCCGUCAUGAUCGGCUCGCUGCGGCAGGCGCAUUUGGGCGGGGGGAGCAACGACGGCAAGGGGGAAAGAGUAGGAGGCGCGGACGAUGAGAAAGAAGGAGAGAGUGGUGGUGGAGCACUGGAGCUGGAGGUGUUCCGCCAGGGGAUGUUCAAGACGGAGCUGUGCAGUAAGUGGGAGGAGAGCGGAGUGUGCUCAUACGGCGAGCACUGCCGGUUCGCCCACGGCAUCGCGGAGCUCCGCCCUGUCCUCCGUCACCCCCGCUACAAGACCGAGCUCUGCCGCAUGAUCCUCUUCGGCGACGCCUGCACCUACGGCCACCGCUGCCAAUUCCGCCACUCCCUCUCCCCCUCCGACCACCAACGCCUCCGGCGCUGCCCAUAAAACGUAUAGAUUACUCCCUAUACUAAUUAACGACAAUAAAACUAAGAAAAAACAGGGUAAAAAAACAGAGGUGUAGAAGUUAUAUAUCUCCCCUCCUAACCAAAAUUAUUCCAAAUGGAAGGAAAUGUAGCAGAUCUAAAUGCUUGUAAAUUGCUUUUGCUAUGUGUAUGCUCCCUCUGGUAAAUAAAUAUAUGUAGAUGUAUUUAGUGCAA